AUGAGUGAACCCAGUGUGUUUUAGUCUUUGCUUCAAGUCUGAGAGUCGGAGAGGACGAGAGUGAGAGAGAUGGCGGCGAUGCAGUGGUGCGGCGCGAUAACACGACGGAUUCUGAUGACGCAGCGAACAUCUGCAGCAUUGAAUUCUCCGGCGAGAUAUUUUUCGUUAUCUCCGGCGUCUGCAGCUCCGGCGAUAUCGGAAAUGGAUUUGUGCGGGAGAGGAGAUAAGAAGACGAAGAAAGGGAAAAGAUUCAAAGGAUCGUACGGGAAUUCGAGAGGGAAGAAACAGAAGAUGAUUGAGAGAAUCAAAGACAAGCUUGAGGUUCCCAGGUCUACUCCUUGGCCUCUCCCUUUCAAGCUCAUCUGAAUCUUGUUAGGGUUUUUUCUCUUUUGCCAGCAAAAAUGUCGCCUUUAAUGGUGUUUUUUAAAACUAUUUGUAUACUUGUUCUCAUCAUGAAUCAUUUGAGUAUAAACUCGUUUGUCUUGU